GCGACUCGAAAGCGUCCUCACUCCAUACGAGAAGAUAGUCUAUGUAUAAAGUCUCGUGGCUCAUACACGAAGAAUUAAUACGCGCGAUAUAAGUCGGUCAGUUGAAAGAGAGAAAACGGACGCUCGUAUAUCAUGGUACAUCUCGAGUAAAAGAGGGAAAGCGACACUCCACCGACGUUUUUUUUACGAUACGUUCUCGAAAAACACCUGGGCGCGAAACAACCCCGCGAAACUCUACCUGUCGGCGCUCCUUGAAAGAAGCGCUCUCCGCCUUUUUCGCGCCUCGCCGCGCUCAACUCGCAUAGUGUCACAGAGAUAAAAUCCUGCGCGAGGAUCUCCUGCCGCAUCCGCGAGGGAAGGAUAAGCGCGAGUCCGCGAAAAGAGAAGGAAAGCGAUCCCGAAGCAAAUAAGGGAGGAAGCUUCGAGAGAGUCAAUUAUCGUUCAUCAUUUGCUAUCUCAACAUACGCGAGUGGAAAUGUUGAAUCCGUGUACGAGCUGCCACAACGCGAGGCUAAUCGUCGUUGUCAUGCUCGUGGUCACCAUGUAUUACCCGGCUUUGAUUGACACGGCGGUGGUCCGUUCCGAGAUAUUGGAUGAGCAGUUACUGCUUAGAGCUCUGAGUGGUCCUAGGUAUACAAGAAUCUCACGGUCCACGGAAAACAGUGACGAGAAGGAUACGCCGGUACGAUAUUGUAAUUCGGCUUGCGGAUGGGCGGUCUACCAUCCGUACAUGCGCACCAUUGAAUACUUUAUGAGAAACACCUGCGAGUGCCCGGACAAGAGCUACAAGUGCGUGCGCUCCGGCGACGAUCUGUCCGCGAGCGCGUAUGUGUACCGCUGCCGCCAGAACACGACGGCGAACGAAAUCGAGUUUCCGGAGGACGCCAACUGAGACGAGGCCGGCGGCAUCGUCGCGGAGCCUCCCCCUCGCCUGGUCACGCCAACCUGAGAUUAGCGGCGCGACGCGUGACGUCUUCGCGAUCCAUCAUCGUCGGGCUCCUCGACGCAAUUAGCCCUAUACGCUAAUGUACGCUUCCGAAAGUGAUCAUCUCCACCCACCAUCUCCGAUGAGCUUCUAGCUCUUGGCUAGAGCGGAGGAUCAACGGAUCGAGUGACCACCAUCGGGUUUCUCCGCUAUUGUCAAAGUUCGAAUUUUAGGUACUUACGAGUACAAACGGGGAACGCCAGCCGCGACAAGCGCAUAUAUAUAUAUGUGUGUACGUAUAUGUAUAUAUAUAUAUAUAUAUAUAUAUAUAUAUAUAUAUAUAUAUAUAUAGUUAAUUCCCAUUUGGACUAAUAAUCUUAUGAAUGAAAAAAAGGGGAACUUUUUUAACGCGCGAAAUGCAGAGUAUAUUACAUUAGGCUCCGGUACAAAAUGUCCAUAUUUUAAGCUCACUCGAUUUAUCGCCAUCGAUAUCAUUUUCCCGACGAAUCCAAGCGAUAACUAAAGAGUCCUACGAAUCGUCUCUAUUCAUCUUUAAUCUUCAUAAUUUUUUUAUUUUUAUUUGUACUGUCGCGAUGUACUUCAAAUUUCAUGCCCAUUCAUCGAUUCGUCUCUCUUUCUCUCUCUCUCUCUAUUUCACUGAAUAUCUUAUAUAAUUAGCGAUAAAUAGCGGCCUUACAGUAAUCGAAAAUAAAAUAUAUAUCGGAUAAGAAAAUAUGACGUUAAUUGUACAAAAGGAAAAAAGUUUAGUAUACGUUUUCGUAGACACGUUCAUCAUCUGAGCAAAAAUCGUUACGAUCUAAACGUAAAGAAAUUCAACGUCUCCUCCUCCGUCAUCUGUGUGUAUAGGAUUUAGAUAUAGAAUAAUUCUAAAGAUUUAUCGAUGCAGGCUAACAGUCUAAUUUAUAUUGCUAUAUUACGUUAUUAUUGUUUAUACCAAAAAAAAAAAUUGUGACAAUCGCGAAAUUAACGCCGAUCUCGCUACAAUUUGAUAGCGAAUCAACUAAAGGAUAUUCAAUUCGCAUCAUUUGCAACUAUUCGGAUCUUAUUCCGAUUAUAAGACUAUAUUCGAUGACUCUCGACUUGUAAUGAAGUGCAAAAUUAAAACGUAUGCGUGUGUAUAAAUGUAGAAAAAUACGGGCCUUUUACAACGCGCUUACAUAUCUCUUCACCUUACAUUUGUACUUAACGGAAGAAGUCGUUACGAAUUAAUCAGAAAAAGAAAAUGAUUCUUCCUUUUUGUAUAAUAAUGUAUUAUUUAUAACGAAAAAUUUUAAUUGCGAUCGUCCAUAUCCGUUACUUAACGAUCACGCGAGUAUCGAUAUGAAUACGAGCGUAAGUCGUUUUUAUCCGUGACCUUUUGCUUUAAUCGCACGGGUAGAGUUGUCGAACUGAGUGACCACAAAAUUGCGAACAAAGCAGAUCAUGCAUGAAACGCAUAUAUAUAUAUAUAUAUAUAUAUAUAUAUAUAUAUAUAUAUAUAUAUAUAUACUAUGUGCGUAAGCACAUCGCGUAAUCUUUCAUAAGCUCGAUAAAAAGAGAAAGAAAAUGUGGACCAAGCGAAUUGAAACGCAAUGUGUCAAAAAAUUCACGCGAGGUAUAUCUAUUUCAAAUCACGGAAGUUUUUUUUUUUAAAGCUACAGCUAUACCAAACUAUUAUAAUAUUUUGGAUAAUAGCCUCAAAAUCACGCAAAUUCAAUUGCGGUGAACGAAACUGGUAGCGGUACCUUUAGUAGUUUAGUACUGAUUAGUCUUGAUUAGGCUUGAACGCACAUUCUGAAAAAAUGAGGCACCACAUGUUUCUCUCAAUCUGACCGGAACUCGUAACACAGAUGUAUGAAAACGUCUCAAGGAGACGAGCUUAGAUUAAGAAUAAGAAAUAAAUAUUUUCAUUUCGUUGUAUUUCGCAUACGCAACAUUUCAUUUGUUAUGUAAUAUACAAGAAACAUAAAUUAUGAUUACGCGAUUAAAUAUUGAUCGAUGCAUUGUAUAAAUAUUGUCUCUAAUUUUAUCACUUUUAAUAUAAUAAAACCAAGUUGUAAGACUUGCGACUAUUCUUCA